CGCUAAGAUUGGACAGACGGACUGGAUUUAGUCAUUAAAUCUACAUAGAAUUAUCCAGUCACACUCAAUGAUUUGGUGGUGGCGUGUUUAUGCAGUGGAUGGAUAGAUGAGUGGUGUUAGAGACGCCAUUCGACUCACUGAACCGGCGAUAAACAACAAUCACGAACUCUAAGGAAGAAGUAAUGUUAAAACUCAGCCUGAGGAGAAACAAGAUCUUCCUUUUGGUCGUGGUGGCGCUGAGCCCCGUUAUGUACCAUGUAAUACAACAAGAGCGUAGAGUGCACUUCAGUAGUCAACCAGAGUUGAUAAUUGAGCCAUCUUUACUGGAGAAAAUACAAACAUUAAAAUCAAGAUUACGGGAAGCUGAAUUUCAGAAUUCUGCAAGAUCCCAAGAACUGAUAUCUUUACAAUCACAGAUUGCUCAGUUAGUAGGAAGACACUCCAAAUCUACAAAACACUCUUUUAAAAAUGGUAGCAGUUCCAGCGAGCAUUUAUCGUUGGAUUCCUCUGCAUUAAAUUUACCAAGUAUAUACCAUCUUAUGCCGCAUCUGAUGGAUCAUCCAGACAGCUUAGCUCCUGCACUCCGAAUAGGCAAAGAUCGCGUUGGAGUGUCUCUAGUAUUUGGCAUUCCAACAAUUAGACGUCAGAAGUCGUCAUAUUUAUUAAAUACAUUAGCAUCAUUACUUGAUGGAAUGAACCAGGAUGACAAAGAUGAUACUGUAAUUGUUGUUUUUAUUGCUGAGACUGAUGCAGGGUAUGUGAAACAAAUAGCGACGUCUGUCUCAGAAAGGUUUCCAGCUGACAUUGAAGCAGGUUCAAUAGAAGUUGUCGCUCCUCAUGCAAGUUUUUAUCCAGAUUUAGACAAUUUGCCUCUUACAUUUGGCGACUCCAAAGACAGAGUCAAGUGGAGAACCAAGCAAAACCUUGACUUCUGCUAUCUUAUGAUGUACUCUCAGAAGAAGGCAAGAUUUUAUGUCCAGCUAGAAGAUGAUGUAGUCGCCACUCCGGGGUUUGCGAACACCAUCAGAACUUUUGCCAUACAGCAAGAUUCCAAUCGCUGGCUGAUGCUAGAGUUCUCUUCCCUGGGAUUUAUAGGAAAGUUGUUUCGCUCUACGGAUCUUAACAAGUUAAUAGAGUUCUUUCUGAUGUUUCACAAGGACAAGCCAGUGGAUUGGCUCCUGGAUCACAUUCUGUGGGUCCGAGUGUGCAACCCAGAGAAAGACCAGGCACACUGUAACCGCGAAAAGAGUCAGCUUCGAAUCCGCUUCAAACCAUCCCAGUUCCAGCAUGUUGGCAAAGAGUCUUCCCUCAAAGGAAAGCGUCAGAAUCUUAUUGAUAAAGACUUUAAGAAAGCGCCACUAUUCCAAGCUCACCUGAACCCAAAGGCGAACGUGUUCACUACCCUUGAGAACUACCAACAAUUCCGUAUCGACCGUGCAUACACGGGGCAGACGUUCUUUUGGUGCUACCCUCCACAUGUGGGUGACGUCAUACGGAUGCAGUUUGAUGAACCAAUCGAUAUUAAAUCAUUUCGGUUCAAGACAGGCAAUCACGAACAUCCAGGAGAUAUAAUACGUAACGCUACUGUGGAAGUGAUGUCUGCUGACAGUAAGCAGACCGCUAUCAGACUACCAGAUCUCCCAGCUGGUUCAUCUCCGGAAGCGAAGAAAAACUACACACGCAACGAGUACCCAGUCUCCGCGUACAAGGUCGUAGGCAUCUUCAACAAGUUCGGGAUUGCUGAUGGGACGGUCGCUAGUGAUAUCACCAACACAGUAGAGCUCAUGAUACGCGUCCUAACCCAUCCCACGCCCAACUGGAUUAUCCUAAGCGAGAUCCAUAUCGUGACCAACAAGAAAAUGAAGAGCUGACACAGAAUGGAUAAAAUUCCUUAAAAUUGUCUUCGCAUUCAAGGGUUCGGUAAUACGUGAAUCUAGUGUCGCCACUCAUCGUUAAAAAUCAGAGCGUUCAUGGCGUAUUCUCCUGUGCAGCGGUCCACGUUAGGCUGAUCCCAGGGAUAUUAUAGACUUAGAAUGUCCUGGUGGUUAAAGAAGCUACAAAGAAUUUAUACAUUUGGACUGCUCGUUGAUAUAAUUCACUCUUCAAAAGAGCAACACACUUAAAGGUUCCUGCUCAUACCUGGGGUCUGUGACGAGUUACGAGUCCUCUAGCAGACCAUGGGCCUGUGACGGAGUCACGAGUCCCCUAUCAGACCAUGGGUCUGUGACGAGUCACGAGUCCUCUAGCAGACCAUGGGUCUGUGACGAGUCACGAGUCCUCUAGCAGACCAUGUGUCUCUGACGAGUCCUCUAGCAGACCAUGGGUCUGUGACGAGUCGCGAGUCCUCUAGCAGACCAUGGGUCUGUGACGAGUCGCGAGUCCUCUAGCAGACCAUUAACUCAAUGGAUUGCAGGUGGUGUAACGCGAUCCUUUAGUGAAUCCCGUCUCGAUGUGAGUGACUUGCAGCAAAUCUAGAUGUGGACAUA